AUGAAUAUUUAAUUGGCACAAAAAUUAGUUAAUCAAUGGAGAAGCUUUGUAGUUAGAAGAAAGGAAGUUAGAAGUAUUCUCAUUGCAUAAUACAAACAAAGUUAUAUAAGAGUUCUUAAUUCAUAUAAGGAGUUGAAAAGGCGAAGGUUUUAAUAAUAUAUUAUUAGCAAUGCUUCUAAUUUAAUAUACAAAGCGUUGAAAAUCAAUUUAUGGAAAGUCAAACAUCUUAGAGAAUUUUUGAAUUAGAAUUAAGUUAAACGAUUUUAUAUUUUAAAAUCAUAAGAGCAAAUAUUUAAAAAUGCUUUUAAUUUACAUGCCAAAGAAGUAAACAUUAAAACCAUAAGGUUGCACAUUUAAAAUAGUUGCUAACAUAAAAAUCUUAUACCUUUACUAUUUCAUAGAAUCAAAUCUGGAGUCAUACUAUUCAAUUUUCAUUAAUUAAAGAAAACCUUUGGAGAAACUAAUAUUAAUAGGGACAUAAUAAAAUAUGAAUUUCUUUAUAAUUUUAUUAAAUAUGUCAAGGUUAAAUUGUCUAAAAAAUAAUAUGAAUUAAAUAAUCAGGAAUUAAUGAGACAUUAAUAAAUGUUACAUAGAAUAGAUAAAUUUUAGUCAGAAGAAUACAAUUUAAUAAAAUAUAUAGAAUUAGAUAAUUUGAAUAUUUUGAAAAAGAUCUAUUAAUAUAAUUGUUAAAAUAGAAAUAAAUAACUCCAUAUAUUUUUUGAUUUUUAAUUAAGAGAAAUAGCAGCUGUAUGUAGAAUCCAAAAAUACUUUAGAGCAAAAAGAAACAUUGUUUCUAAGGGUAUGAAAUUUAUUACUAUUAUGAAAUUGAUAAAUCAAUCCAGAGCUAUAUAUGUAAUAUAAAGAUGGUUCAGAAGAAUUAGAUGGAAUCACAGAAAUAAUUUCUAUAAAGAAAUAUCAUUUUAUGUUUCACAAAUCCCAACACCUAAUUUAUAUCUUGAUAUGUAAACAUAUUCAAAAAUUCAAGAGAUUGUUAGCAAUUAAAAACAUUCCCUUAAAUUCUUAGAAUAAUAUAAUACGGUAUAAUUAUAAUAAUUUUAAGAUUAUGGCAGAUAAUUAAAUUGUUAGACUACAAUUUAAAUCUUAAAUAUUUAAUGAUUCUAUUUAAUCUACAUAUGCACAAUCAUUAAUUCAAUUAGAUCAUUUAAAUAUUUCCGUUGUUCCUAAAUGGCUUAUUCAAGAAAUUCAAAAGGUACACAAAAAUGAACAAAAGUUAAUAGAUUAUAGUAUUAUUAAAUAAGAUUAAAAUUAAUCAAAAUGGAAUUGCAGAAAUAGAGAAUAUUUAAGUAAACAUAAGGAAUCCUUGAAUGAUCUUAAAUAUUAAAUAUAAGCAGAUAUUUAUGGAUUACUUCAUUUUGGAGCAUCUAUAUCUUUUGAUUAUAUAAACAAUAGAGAUUACAUUAAAUUCACUUAUGCUUCAACAAGUGAAGCCAAAUACAGAGUUAUAGCUUUGGCAUUAAUUACUUACAGAUUCAAACUUAAUGGAACAAAAAUUCUUAUGUUUAGUGAUAAUAUUUGGGAGAGUUCACUCUAUUAAAAAACUAUAUUUUUAAAUAAAUACUAUUAGAAAAUUUAGAAUGUUUUUAAAUUAGAAGUACCUGCUUUAGAUACAUCCUAAUUAUAUGAUGGGAAAUAAAAUUAAAUAAUAUUAUGUUAAAAUAAUUCAUAAGCAGAGAAAUUUAAAUAUGAUAAAUAAACAAUUCAACUAUAAUUUUUUAAUUAAAACUCUCGUUUAAUUGAUAAUUUCAUUUGGAUGUGUCCAAUAAAAUAAAAUAAAUUAAAACUAUUAUAAAAUCAAAAUUCAAUAUAAAUCAAUUAAAAUAGUUUAAAAAAUAGUUCUCAUAUAUAAUAGAUAAGUUCAUCUUUUUGUGAUAUUUAACAAGAUUAAGCUUCAUUUAUUAAAAAUAAUAACCAAUAAAGAUCUAUUGAUAUAUCUCCUUAAUCUGUUAUAAUUGAUGGAAGUAGUAAUUCAACUUAAUUGCCUGUUAAAUUUUCUAUUAUGUGUAUAGAAAAUCCAGAAAUAUAAUUUAAACCACCUAAAUUUAAAAAAAGAACAGAAUAAUCUUAUUAAGAAUUUGCAAUGACAAGUAGAUUUAGAACACAAAAUAGUAGUUUGAAGAAUUCUAAAAUUAAAGAAUAAAAUGAAUCUUUAAAUAAUAGUGUCAUUUAAACAAAGAAGAAACAAUUUCAACUAGAAGAUAUAAAUGAAUAAAUUGAUUAUUCUUAACUUAAAUAAAAAUACUUAGAAAUAGCUUUAAUUGAAAAUAAAGAGAAGAUAUCAAAAAUAAAAUAAAAGAAUCAAGAUGAAAUGAGUUUUAUUAGAGAAUUUCAUAAUUUUUCAAGUUUAUUACAAAGAUAAGAAUAAAAGAUUAUUAAUAGACAAAUAAAAACUGAUAGAACAAAAACAUUAGAAAAAUCUUAAAAAGUAAGUAGUAUUAAAUAGACAAUGAAAAGUUAAUCCAUUACAAAAAGAGAAGAUUCAUAGGAUGUUUCUAUUGUUUUUCCUAAAAUAGAACCAAAAAGUUAAAAAAAGCAAACAAUUAACUCAAGAUUAUCUAAUUAUCAUAGAUAUGCUGUUUUUGCAGAAGAAUUAUAUGCUAUUUCUAGCAACAAGGAUACUUUAAAGUUUUGA